GCUCACCGCUGUAUUUGUGCGACCUGAUCGUCGAGAGAUGGACAGGCUAGAUGUUUCCGGAAUGCGAGGCCGGGAAUGUCACGGGUGAGUUGCGAGGAGGACUGCAGAUGUAGCGUGCAGAUGGUGCAUGACCCCAAUCCACCUACUUCCCAGGUUCCCCUCCGCAAAACACCACAGGGUCCAUAGGUCUUGAGAUAAGUAUCCGCCGCCAGGAUCACGGUGACCCAAAUAUGGCAGCUCGAUCAGCACGAAAGCGCACGAAAGACCCCGUUGCUCUGUUUAGCUCCAUCGACGCUCGUCUGCCCUCUCCGGCAUUCCGGCAACGUGGAUCGCAAUGGAGUUAUCGAAGAUGAUGCUAUCGCCGGGACUGCCCGGCGGCAGCCUUCCCUCUCUGACAUAUAUCUCGGGGCAUCUGCUGCCUGAGCACCCCGAACACGUGUGAAAGUUAGCAUCCCAGCUGAUCAGUAUUAUUGCCGCCUUGAGCAGCCAUCAUGGUGGCCCUACGACCCUCACUGUCAGCUCGUUCGCUCGGCACUGCAGUCCUCUCGCUCCUUUACUCCUUUUCGGCCGCCUCUGCUGGUCUCGCUUCCGGGGGUCUAUCCGUCACACUUAACGAUGUUCCAUACUACAUCUCUCCCUUCCCCUCCGGAAGUGUCUCCGUGCAUAAGAACUCGCUCAAGGGCGUGCCAGCUGUCUUUGGAUUCAAGCCCGUGACGGUGAUUCAGGGGGCUGCCGCGCAAGGUGACAUCCAGGCACUUCUAGCCAAGUGGGAUGAAUCAGACGAUGUCUUCCAACCUGCUUUCACUAGGGCCAUCUUCCUGGCCGGUUGCAAAGGCUCGUGCAAGCCCAAGACGCAAACUAUCUCCGGUGCCUCGUCCGAGAUUUUACCCCUGAGCGCCACCACGAUCCCGUCCGGCCCUUACUUCCUGGAAACAGAUACGGGGUCUCUCUACCCUGUCUACCGUCUAUACGAAGACUUUGCCGGAGCGUUCAUGCAGGCCUUGAUUCACACCCCAGACGGAAAAUUCCAGCCCAUGUCCGCUCAGAUCGCUGGCUCUGCUGCGCUGACUGUUGGCGUCCCCUCGAGGCUGUACUUCACCAAGACCGCCGCUAAGCCGCUUGCGGGAGUUCGUCUCGGCGUGAAGGACAUCUACCGCUUGGCCGGAGUCAAGGGCUCGAAUGGGAACCGUGCGUGGUAUGACCUAUAUCCCGCGGCUACCUAUACCGGACCGGCAAUUCAAAGACUCAUCGACGCUGGAGCUGUUGUGGUGGGCACUCAGAAGACUUCCCAGUUCGCGAACGGCGAGGGCGCGACUGCGGACUGGGUCGACUACCACUCUCCUUUCAACCCGCGCGGAGACGGGUACCAGGACCCUGCAUCCUCCUCUGCAGGCGCCGGUUCUUCCGUAGGCUCUUAUGAAUGGCUCGAUAUUGCACUCGGCAGCGACACAGGCGGAAGCAUCCGUGGCCCGGCUGGCGUCCAAGGCCUCUUUGGCAACCGUCCUUCUCACGGGAUGGUCUCGCUUGACAACGUCAUGCCUCUGAGCCCGACACUCGAUACUGCUGGUUUCCUUGUGCGAGAUACUGCCAUCUGGGACGCGGCCAAUGCUGCUUUGUACGGAAGCAAUUACACUUCGCUCGCCUCAUCCAAGCCCAAGUAUCCCAAGACGAUCCGCACCAUCAACUUCCCAACCAACCCUGGGACAAGUGCAGCGUCCAAGCUUCUCGUCAAUUUUGCCAACUCUCUCGCCGCUUUUGUAGGUGGCACAGUCACGCCGCUGAAUCUGGCAACCGAAUGGACAGCGACUGGGCCUAAGGGGGCACCUGCGUUGGCGCAGUACCUAAAUACCACAUAUCCGGUGCUCAUCACCAAGGAGCAGAUCCAGCUUGUCAGGGAGCCGUUCUAUCGCGACUAUGCCGCCGCACAUGAUGGCCGGCGCCCGUUCGUGAACCCCGUACCGCUUGCCCGGUGGGGUUACGGCGACACGGUAUCCGCCUCGCAGCUCCAGGACCAAUACGACGCCAAGGCGUCCUUCAUGAAGUGGUUCAACAAGGAAAUCCUGCCGCCCGUGGCCGACCCCAAGCAGUGCUCGUCAGGCUUGGUGCUGUACGUUGGCAGCAACGGCGGACAGAAUCCACGAAACCUCUACGGCGGCGGACCGGGUGUGCCGUUUGGCUUCAGCUCGGGCCGCAUCAGCGUCCUGGCUGAGGUUCCCGACUCGGUUUUCCCCAUCGGCGAGGUCUUGUCGCGCAGCGCAAUCACGGCGCAUGACGAAGCCCUGCCUGUUGCGGUGGACAUCAUGGCCGCGAAGGGAUGCGAUGGGUUGCUGGUCAAGCUUGCUCAGGACCUGGUCAAGGCGGGGAUCAUUGCCGAGCCGAAGGCGGGUGGCUCUAUCAAGGGCGGUGCCAUCUUGAUGAGGAGGGGGUUGGGGUUGGCGGAUGUGUGGAAUUAGGAACGUUAGAUGUCGUCGUCAAUGCAAUGGAAGGUCUCCCGAUAGAGAGCUCACUACUCAGAGCACCGAGUUGUACCGAUUUUGACGCAGUAAACGCGGUCUCUUGUUAGCAUUUCAACUCAUCCGGGAAAGCUUCUCCUCUUACUGUUCCCAGACCUGCAAAAUGAUCUCGCAAAG